AUGGCGCCUUGGGAAGAGUUCGAUAUUGCGUUUGCCUUCAAGCGGGAUUUUUCCUAUGAUCACAAGCUCGUGGACCAAAUAAUCUCUAAUCGACGGGUCCUUGAUCAUGUUCUCUUCGUUGACCGGCUGUUGAAAAUACUCGGAAUUGAAGCUGGUAAGACAUUUUUGGGGCUCAAACUGGAAUCUAUGAGCAAGGCUAAUGUGUAUGGUGUAGCAUCAAAGAUAUACCCCCCGAGAUCUAACCAAAGCUUGCGGUCCCUCUUCCAGCAAAUCGUCUCGUCGUCUUCGCCCAAUCACCACAAACAAUCCUUGAUCUACUACAUCUUGAAAGACUGCCGAGGAGCUACUGAGAAGUCAGGCGCUUUGCAGUUUGCCAGGACAUGUUAUCUACCGGAUAAGUACAGGCUAUUUAUUGACGGGCUAUGGUACCUCGAUAAGCUAGAGUUUCGACGCGCCCUGGAGUAUAUUACAGAGCCAUCUUUAAUACCCACCUUCUCCGAUGAAAUUCUCUAUGUCCUGUCAGCCUCGUCGAAGCAAGAUGACGGUCUUGCUAUAGCCUACUAUGUAACCGUUCAGCCCCCGCUAGCUUCUCAGAAAGCUCUCAAUGCAUAUUUUGGAUCGCUGUGUCGAACUGGAGUUCCAGAAGCGUUUUAUUUCCUAAGACAACAGCCCGAAGAAAGUAGUUCGUCGCUAUUAGAACAGCUCAUAACCUUUGUUCUUUCCACAAAGGCCGGAGAGUUAAGGGCUAAACGUGCCAUGGACCUCAUAAACUUACCUUUUAGCGAGACUGAAGAAGAGUGCUUCAAUGACUUACUCUUACGCGGUAAUGCAAAAAACUUGCACGGUGCUCGGGAUACAGUCAUGAUGAGACGGGUUGCUACUGGGCGAGUGGAAAAUUUGGACAGCGAACUGGAGUCACUUGGAGGGCGCAGGCUAGAGGGCCUUAACUGGGAUGAUCUGAAGAGAAAUCUCAAGUCUACCAAUUCUGUGGAAGCUUGA